UUAAAAAUUUGUCUGCUGAUGGUUUCACUUGUGCGGUUUGUUUUUUGUCUGGCUAACGGCAUAGUGCAAAAUGCUACCGUAAUUUCGCGUUCAAGCGAAUAAGACGAGUUCGACAACGGCGUAAUUCGGUGUGCGAAUAUAGGAAAAAACACCAACGUGGUUGAAUUUCCGUAUGUGGGAGUUUUUUCUGUACUCAAAACAGUUUGCAAGUGAAAAGAAAAAUCGAUCAGUGGAAAGUGUAACUUUGCCUAGAGGCGCCAGCGAAAAAUAUGGAUAAGUGUGAUACAGCAGGCGAUAGCCGCGACACAGAACCGCCCGUUCCCAGUAAGAACGUCCUCACCAACGGAAACGUUGCGGAAACCGAGGUCGCAAUCGAUGUCGUUGCACAGCAGAUAAAACGAGUGUCAUUCUCUAAUGCGAAUCACAUUUACGAAGACAAAGAUUCGUGCCCCAACAAGUUGAAUUCCAGUGCAAACCAUAGUGAUCCGUGUUUGGACUCAGUGAACGAAAAUACUAUCAGUGAGAACGGUAUGGAGUCCGGUGAGGGUGGUUCCGGUGGGGACAGACCUAGUUUUAUCGUCGGCGAAGAUGGCCACGACGAGAUGGAGGCAAAAGAUGAAUUCCCGCAGACCAUGGAGAAUGGUAUGCCUCAUCACGCCGGGUACGAAGUGAGCCUCAACGAGAAACGACGGCGGCUGAGACCUAGUAUGUCCCAUGGCACCGGCCUUGGACUGGAUAGAGGACACGAGCGUGACUUUGUACUGUCUACCACUGAAGAAUUUGUGAAGAAAUUCAACGGAACACGGGUGAUCACCAAGGUGCUGAUCGCGAACAAUGGCAUCGCAGCGGUCAAAUGCAUGCGUUCGAUUCGACGCUGGUCAUACGAGAUGUUUAAGAAUGAACGAGCGGUACGUUUCGUUGUUAUGGUUACCCCGGAGGACCUCAAAGCCAACGCGGAGUAUAUCAAGAUGGCCGAUCACUAUGUUCCGGUACCGGGUGGAUCCAACAACAACAAUUACGCCAACGUCGAACUCAUUGUAGACAUUGCACUGCGGACACAGGUACAAGCCGUGUGGGCCGGUUGGGGACAUGCUUCCGAGAACCCGAAGCUGCCCGAGUUGCUGCACAAGAAGGGGUUGGUAUUUUUGGGACCACCCGAUCGUGCCAUGUGGGCUCUUGGCGAUAAGGUAGCCUCAUCGAUUGUUGCACAAACUGCAGACAUUCCAACAUUACCGUGGUCCGGAUCGGAGCUAAAGGCGCAGUACAGUGGGAAGAAGAUAAAAAUUUCCAGUGAGCUGUUUGCUCGGGGCUGCGUAACGACUUCGGAGCAGGGUUUGAUAGCGGCCGGCAAAAUUGGCUUCCCGGUCAUGAUCAAGGCAUCGGAAGGUGGUGGCGGAAAAGGUAUUCGUCGGGUCGAUAUACCCGAUGAAUUUCCAGCACUGUUUCGUCAAGUGCAAGCUGAAGUUCCAGGAUCGCCUAUCUUCGUAAUGAAACUUGCACGGGGAGCUAGACAUUUGGAGGUUCAACUGCUGGCUGAUCAGUACGGAAAUGCUAUAAGCUUGUUCGGGCGAGAUUGUUCAAUCCAGCGGCGGCACCAGAAGAUUAUCGAAGAGGCACCGGCCAUUAUUGCCGAACCGGAGGUGUUUGAGGAUAUGGAGAAGGCAGCUGUGCGAUUAGCCAAAAUGGUUGGCUAUGUGAGUGCGGGAACUGUUGAGUACCUGUACGAUGCGGAGGGAAAGUACUUCUUCCUAGAGCUAAAUCCACGCUUGCAGGUGGAGCAUCCUUGCACGGAAAUGAUCGCAGAAGUGAAUCUUCCCGCAUGCCAGUUGCAGAUUGGAAUGGGUAUUCCUCUCUAUCGUAUAAAGGAUAUCCGACUGUUGUACGGGGAACAUCCGUGGGAUUCUACUGUGAUUGAUUUUGAUAACCCAAAUACGAAACCGCGACCACGGGGACAUGUGAUUGCAGCUCGUAUCACUUCGGAAAAUCCAGAUGAGGGUUUCAAACCUAGCUCGGGAACGGUACAGGAGUUGAAUUUCCGUUCUAGCCAAAACGUGUGGGGCUACUUUAGUGUGGCUGCUUCCGGAGGGCUCCAUGAAUUUGCCGAUUCUCAAUUCGGACAUUGUUUCUCCUGGGGCGAGAACCGACAGCAGGCGAGAGAAAAUUUGGUAAUUGCGCUGAAAGAGUUGUCAAUCCGAGGUGAUUUCCGCACAACGGUAGAAUAUUUGAUUACCCUACUGGAAACGAAUAGUUUCUUGGAAAACACAAUCGAUACGGCUUGGUUGGAUGCUCUCAUAGCUGAACGCGUUCAGUCAGAUAAACCAGAUAUCAUUCUUGGUGUCAUCUGUGGUGCUUUGCAUAUUUCCGAUCGAAAGAUCACGGAAUCGUUUACCAGUUUUAAAACUUCUAUGGAGAAGGGACAAAUACAGGCAGCGAACACGUUAACCAACGUUAUCGACGUUGAGUUGAUUAAUGAAGGCAUUCGAUAUAAGGUACAGGCGGCCAAAAGCGGACAAAAUACAUACUUCUUAGUAAUGAAUGGAUCGUUCAAAGAAGUUGAACUUCACCGACUGUCCGAUGGCGGAAUACUGUUAUCGUUGGAUGGUUCAAGUUGUACCACUUAUAUGAAAGAGGAAGUGGAUCGAUACAGAAUUGUGAUUGGAAACCAAACGUGCGUGUUUGACAAAGAAAAUGAUCCAUCGUUGCUGCGAAGUCCUUCUGCCGGUAAACUGAUCAAUUUGCUGGUCGAAGAUGGAGCACAUGUUAACAAAGGUCAACCAUACGCCGAAAUCGAGGUAAUGAAAAUGGUUAUGACCCUAACGGCCGGGGAAACAGGUACGGUGUCAUUUGUGCGACGUCCAGGAGCAGUGUUAGAUGCUGGUUCUUUACUAGGACAUCUCGAGUUGGACGAUCCUUCGUUAGUUACAAAAGCGCAACCCUACAAAAAUCCGUGGCCACUAUUGACGGGAGACACCGUUCCAGUACCAGAAAAGUUGAACCGAGUUCAUUUUACGUACAAAUCCAUUCUAGAAAACACGCUUUCCGGAUACUGUUUACCAGAUCCGUACAACGCCCCCAGAUUGCGGGAGAUUAUUGAGAAAUUCAUGCAGAGCUUGCGCGAUCCUUCUCUUCCUUUAUUAGAACUACAAGAGGUCAUUGCAUCAAUUUCUGGUCGUAUUCCGAUUUCGGUGGAGAAGAAAAUUCGCAAAUUAAUGCAGCUCUAUGAACGCAACAUUACCAGUGUGCUUGCUCAAUUCCCGUCGCAGCAGAUUGCUUCCGUAAUCGAUAUGCACGCGGCUACGCUACAGAAGCGAACGGAUCGUGAUGUUUUCUUCCUAACUACCCAAGGGAUAGUUCAGCUUGUGCAGCGUUAUCGAAACGGAAUCCGUGGUCGCAUGAAAGCAGCCGUCCAUGAACUACUUCGGCAGUACUAUGCAGUGGAAUGCCAGUUCCAACAUGGUCACUAUGACAAAUGCGUCGGUGCUAUCCGGGAUAAGCACAAAGAUAACAUGGACACCGUUGUCAGCACCAUUUUCUCGCAUAGUCAGGUGGCAAAGAAAAAUCUGCUGGUGACCUUGCUAAUAGAUCAUCUAUGGGCCAAUGAACCGGGGCUUACGGAUGAGCUGGCAGCUACGUUAAGUGAACUGACUUCUUUGAAUCGGGCGGAACACUCUCGGGUCGCUCUGCGAGCUCGUCAGGUUCUGAUCGCAGCUCAUCAACCGGCUUACGAACUUCGCCACAAUCAAAUGGAAUCAAUUUUCCUCUCCGCAGUCGAUAUGUACGGACACGAUUUCCACCCGGAGAAUUUGCAACGUUUGAUACUUUCCGAAACUUCGAUUUUCGAUAUUUUGCAUGAUUUCUUCUAUCACUCGAAUCGAGCCGUUUGCAAUGCCGCGCUGGAAGUGUACGUUCGUCGUGCGUACACAUCGUACGACUUAACGUGUCUGCAGCAUCUGGAGUUGUCCGGGGAGGUACCCCUUGUACACUUCCAAUUUCUGCUGCCCACAGCUCAUCCGAAUCGAUAUAGACAACUGGCAGAUGGAACCGAAUGUGAUACCAUUGCCGAUUCAUUUAUGCGUACCGGUUGCAUGGCUGCAUUCGACUCGUUUGAACACUUUGGACAGUACUCGGACGAAAUUCUCGAUUUGCUAGAGGACUUUGCUUCGCCUGCGUUUGUAAAUCCCAAGGUUCUGGAUGCGGUGGACGGCGGAGAUUCAGAUCGACGGAUGAGUACCUCGAUUAACGUUUCGAUUUCGGAUCCAAUAGCCCGUGCUGAGGGAACAGACGGGACUGUCGCUAGUCCUACAGAAGCAAUUCACAUCCUGAGCAUUGCCGUUCGAGACAUGGGCGACAUGGAUGAUUUACAAAUGGAGCAAGUGUUUGGCUCAUUCUGUGCUCAGCAUCGCGAAGAGCUGAUAAGUCGCCGCGUUAGAAGAAUCACCUUCGCUGCGCUGAAAAAGCGCCAGUUCCCCAAGUUCUUCACCUAUCGGUCUCGGGACAACUUCGAAGAGGAUCGCAUCUACCGUCAUCUGGAACCGGCAUGUGCGUUCCAACUGGAGCUGAACCGAAUGCGCACGUACGACCUGGAAGCCCUACCUACGGCCAACCAAAAGAUGCAUUUGUAUCUAGGUCGCGCCAAGGUACCAAAGGGUCAGGAGGUGACCGAUUUCCGUUUCUUCAUACGUUCCAUCAUUCGCCACUCAGAUCUGAUCACAAAAGAAGCCUCAUUCGAGUAUCUGCAGAAUGAGGGCGAACGCGUCUUGCUGGAAUCGAUGGACGAGCUAGAAGUGGCAUUUUCGCAUCCUCAGGCAAAACGAACGGAUUGUAAUCACAUCUUUUUGAACUUUGUUCCGACGGUCAUAAUGGACCCAGCAAAGAUCGAAGAAUCCGUUACAAAAAUGGUUAUGCGGUACGGUCCUCGGUUAUGGAAGCUUCGAGUGCUACAAGCAGAACUGAAGAUGGUCAUCCGUCAGACAACUCAAUCCCCAACUACCUCAGUGCGCCUUUGCAUUGCGAACGAUUCAGGGUACUUUUUAGAUAUAGCGAUGUACACCGAAGUGACUGAUCCGGAAACACACGUCAUCAAGUUUAUGGCGUACGGCAAUCGUCAAGGACCUCUGCAUGGGUUGCCGAUUUCUUCUCCUUACAUGACCAAAGAUUACCUGCAACAGAAGCGCUUCCAGGCGCAGUCAAAUGGAACGACAUACGUGUACGAUAUUCCGGACAUGUUCCGGCAGAUGACCGAACGUCUCUGGAAAGAAUUUUCAAAGGCCCGACCAACCGAGGAUAUAAGGAUACCGGAGAAGAUCCUCUUAGUGUGCAACGAGCUGGUGAUGAAAGGCGAUACGAUGGAGGAGAUCCAGCGACUUCCCGGUGAAAAUAAUGUAGGAAUGGUGGCAUGGCGGAUCGUUCUUGCUACUCCCGAAUUUCCCAAUGGUCGUGAAAUUGUUGUGAUUGCCAAUGACCUGACCUAUUUCAUUGGCUCUUUUGGACCGCAGGAGGAUGUGCUGUUUUGCAAAGCUUCAGAGCUGUCAAGACAACGGAAGUGUCCAAGAAUUUACAUUUCUGUCAACAGCGGGGCCCGAAUAGGUUUGGCUGAAGAGGUAAAGUCACUAUUUAAGGUUGCCUGGGAAGAUCCCGAUGAACCGGAAAAGGGAUUUAAAUAUCUUUAUCUGACGACGGACGAUUACAGUAAGAUCGCGAAUACGAAUUCGGUGCGUGCCAUUCUGAUUGAGGACGAAGGUGAACCGCGGUAUAAAAUCACGGAUAUUAUCGGUAAAACCGACGGAUUGGGUGUUGAAAAUCUGCGUAACGCUGGUAUGAUAGCCGGUGAAACCUCACGGGCGUACGAAGAUGUAGUCACUAUUUCGAUGGUAACAUGCCGAACGAUCGGUAUCGGUUCAUAUCUGGUACGCUUGGGGCAACGUGUCAUUCAGAUUGAAAAUUCUCAUAUCAUUCUUACGGGAUUUGCCGCUUUGAACAAAUUGCUUGGCAGAAAGGUUUACGCUUCCAACAACCAGUUAGGAGGCAUCCAAAUCAUGCACAACAAUGGAGUCACGCACAAAACAGAGGCACUAGAUUUGGAUGGUGUUUACACGAUACUCUAUUGGCUCUCCUACAUUCCAGACAUUCGGGGAGGAACUCUACCGAUUGUGUCAGCUAGUGAUUCUAUUGACCGACCGAUCGAUUUCAUGCCCACCAAAGCACCAUACGAUCCACGAUGGAUGCUUGCCGGUCGUGUGAACCCGUCCAAUCCAUCCGAGUGGGAGACUGGCUUUUUCGACCGUGGGACCUGGGCGGAAAUUAUGGAACCUUGGGCUCAAACGGUAGUUGUUGGACGAGCUAAGCUGGGUGGUAUCCCAGUUGGGGUGAUAGCUGUGGAAACAAGAACGGUAGAGCUAACAAUCCCGGCAGAUCCGGCCAAUUUGGAUUCGGAAGCGAAAACAUUCCAACAGGCAGGUCAAGUUUGGUUCCCAGAUUCGUCGUACAAAACGGCGCAAGCUAUCAAAGACUUUGGUCGUGAGGAACUGCCGUUGAUAAUCUUAGCUAAUUGGAGAGGAUUCUCCGGUGGGCAGAAAGAUAUGUACGAGCAGGUUGUGAAGUUUGGCGCAUACAUCGUAGAUGGACUGCGGGAGUACAAACAGCCUGUUAUCAUCUACCUGCCACCGAAUGCUGAACUUCGCGGUGGUGCUUGGGCCGUAUUGGAUCCAACAAUAAAUCCGCGAUACAUGGAAACCUAUGCUGAUCCGGAAUCUCGCGCUGGAGUCCUGGAGCCGGAAGGCAUCGUUGAGGUGAAAUUCAAGGAAAAAGAUCUCAUCAAAAGUAUUCAGCGGCUGGAUCCGGUGGUACUAGAGUUGAAGCGGAAAUCCGCCGAAGCUGCUGGCAAUAAGGACGCGCUAAACGAACUGGAAAAUCAAAUCAAAGCACGGAUCAACUCCCUGCUACACGUGUACCACACCGUUGCGGUACACUUUGCUGACCUACACGAUACUCCCGAGCGUAUGCUGGAGAAGGGUUGCAUCAGCGAAAUCGUGCCCUGGCGCAGCUCACGGACCUACAUGUACUGGCGACUCAGACGACUACUCCUGGAGGAGUACUUUAUCAAGCAGAUACUGGACGCCCAGGACAGCCUGUCAGUUGGACAAGCAAAAUCUAUGCUACGUCGGUGGUUUGUGGAAGACAAAGGGGCCACAGAGGCUUACUUAUGGGAGAACAAUGAACCAGUUGUUGAAUGGUUGGAAAACCAGAAAAAAUGUGAUUCGACCGUCUGUAGGAAUAUCUACGCUGUGAAGAAGGACGCAAUAAUUUCACAGAUUCAAGUAGCUCUUGAGGAAUGUCCUGAAGCAGCACUGGAUGCCGUCGUUGGCCUUUGUCAGGCUUUAUCGCCAGCCCAGCGUGGCGAAGUGGUGAAAACACUAUCACAACUGGAGUUCGCCGAAAAGGAGCACGCUAACUUAGGAUGACCGAUACCAGGUCCAAAGUAACCGUGUCCCGGUGGCAGCAACAGCAGAUGCUGCGUCAAACGGACUAAGCGAAGGAAAUAGACACUCCUCUGGAAUUCCUGAGCAAUACUUUCUCACCAUUUCGCUUCUCUUCAUGAUCAACUUUACAUGAACCAACACUAUAGCUAUCCGUUCCAUUUUGAAUCAGUUGGUUUAGUUGUCGACCGAUCGGAAGUAUUUAUUUUUUUCGUUUGUAAAUUUAACAAAAAACACGUUCACAUUUCAAAAUUAAAAUUGAUGUAAAUUAAAACAAAAAUAAAAACGUGUUCUAAUGGUGACUGUCAUUAACGAGUUAUAAAUAGUUGUAACAGAAACGGAUAUCCGUUUAUCAUUUGACAAUGACACGGACUAGUCAAUCUGAUAUUGCAACGAAGUGGUUCAUAGUGCUAUCACAAUUUAUUGUUAAGUGGGAUAUAACAGUUCGGGAUGUUUUCUCAAAAGAAAACAUGUUAGUAAAUAAAAGGCUUUGAGGUUUUUACGAAUCAUCAAAUGAACAAACAAAUCAAUUGCCUAUUCUACUAGUUUUACCUCAUUUUCCUCCCUUUUUGGCUAGGUUAAAAUUUACAGCUUGAGAAAUAAUACCAAGGAUACCGGGUAACAUUUUUAAUAUUUAGUUUGGUUAACUCUUGUGAAGGGUUAGCGUGUAGAUAUAUGUAUGACAAUGCUACAGAUCAAAGUUAAGAUAAUUUAACACAAUAGAAAAAAGGGAAUAUCACGUAUAGCAUUAGCUGCAUUUAGUGUAUACUGCUAAAACAGUAUCAUAAUCAAAGUGCCCGAUAAUAAAAGCAACAGCUAGUGUAACGCAUCACUCAAUCCUCUGUUAUUGUACAAAAUAAAUGGAAACAUGGAAGUAAAACGGAA